AUGUCGGACGAAUAUUUCUACGUUAGUGUGGGUGUCGGUGUACUGAUAGCUCUGUUAUUUAUUAUUUCAGGUGUCACUCUCUCGUCAUCACAUCAGUCGGAGACAUGGGACCCCGAAGCGAAGGCGGAGUACCCGCGAAGCAACAAAUUACUCAUCCGCCAAGCACUCCUUGGACCGGAUGCGAAACCUGACGAACUAAACGUCGUUCAGGUAGAGACUAUGUGUCUCCAAGAAUCUAUCAAAAUCCCAGUUGCCAUCUUAAAAGUUGGUGAAACAAGACAAGCACGUCUGGAUAUUGAGUUCCCAGAUGCACCGGUCACCUUCACACUCAUACAGGGCUCAGGGCCGGUUCACUUAAUCGGUCAACACUUGCUGGGUGCCCUCGUGGAGGAGUUUGAGGAUAUGGAGGAAAUGGAAGAAGAGAUGUUAGAUGAAGAGGAAGGUGAAGACUCUCAGUUCAAGGUCAGUAUUAAGACUACCAACACUAUGUUGAUAACUUGUGUAGUAGUAGGUGUAGGACGAGUGGUUCAUAGGGAGAGUGUGUUGUCUGACUUGGUGUGUGUGUGUGUGCUGCAGGAUGAAGACGAGGACGAGGCGGAACCAAAGGGCAAGAAGGCGAAAAUGUCGAACAACGCUAAAGGCAAGGCUCCUUCCCCCAAGAAGAACGCCAAGAAGUGA